AAUUCUGCUUCAGAAGUUUUGACUUUAUGUGCACAUGGCACACAUAUUCCCUAACUUCUCAAAAUUCUCUUUAUGAUUUUAUUAAGAUCAAGCAUGCUUACACAGCUAGAUAAUAAUUAAAUUGAAGCUUCUACCUUUUAAUAAUUUUAUAUGGAACCUUGACUUGGUUCAUUUCUUUCACACCACGAACAUCACUUCACAUUUCAUCCAUAUAUAUACGUUUUUAUGUAUGACAGUUCAUAUAUACAGAGAUUAAGACGAUGAAGAAGGCAGAAUUAGUGUUGAUCCCAGCGCCAGCAGUUGGCCACUUGGUCUCGAUCCUCGAGUUCGCAAAGCGACUAAUAGAUCGAGAUCAUAGAAUUUCAUUCACCAUCCUUGCAAUCAAAUCAGCAUUUCCUUCUUCAUCCGAUUCAUAUAUCAGAUCAGUUAUAGCCUCACAGCCCCGGAUCAAACUCAUAGAUGUCCCACAAGUUGACCCACCUGCAAAAGAGCUACUGAGAUCACCCGUCAAGUAUUUCUCCACCUACAUACAGAGCCACACACCACAUGUCAACAACAUCAUCUCUGAUAUCAUCUCUAGUAAUAACUCGGACAACUCGAACCGAGUUGUCGGAUUGGUCGUCGAUUUCUUCUGCGUGUCCAUGGUUGAUGUGGCCCAACAACUCAACCUUCCUUCUUACCUGUUCAUGACUAGCAACGCAGGAGGUCUUUCUCUCAUGCUUUACCUUCCAAUUCUUCAUGAUCAGAAAUUAGAUGCUGAAAUUUAUUACAGGGAUCAUGAUUUGGUAGUCCCAGGCAUAGCAAAAUCGAUUCCUCCGAACGUUUUGCCAUCAGCUUUCACGGACGGAGGCUAUGCUGAUUACAUAGAGAUUGCCCGGAAAUUCAGGGAGGCAAGAGGAAUCAUAGUGAAUACGUUUGAGGAACUUGAACCAUUUGCUGUCAACUGGUUGUCAAGUGGGCCAGCACAAGCCCCACUGGUCUACACGGUCGGACCGGUGCUUGACCUGCAGGGUGGGUCAAAAGCCCACACAAGUUUGGAUCAAGAUGACCAUGAUAAGAUCAUCCAUUGGCUUGACGAUCAGCCUCCAUUGUCGGUGGUUUUCUUGUGCUUCGGAAGCAUGGGAAGCUUCGAUGAAGCCCAAGUGAAAGAGAUAGCUUUUGGUCUCGAGCGCAGCGAGCAAAGGUUCUUGUGGUCUCUGAGAGUUCAACAAUAUCCAAAAGAGGGGGACCCUGUUGGAUUGUUCUUGCCUGAUGGGUUUUUGGAGAGGAUCAAAGGGAGAGGAAUGGUAUGUGGGUGGGCUCCACAGGUGGAGGUUCUGGCCCACAAAUCCACUGGGGGAUUUGUUUCACAUUGUGGUUGGAAUUCCAUAUUGGAAAGCUUGUGGAAUGGGGUUCCGAUUGUGACAUGGCCUCUCUAUGCAGAGCAACCCAUGAAUGCGUUUAGGAUGGCGAGGGAGUUGGGAAUGGCAGAGGAGUUGAGGGUGGAUUACAGAAGAGGUGGUAAUGUUGGAGAUUUGGUUAUGGCGGAUGAGAUUGAGAAAGCGGUGAGGGAUGUGAUGGAGAAGGAAAGUGAGGUGAGGAAGAAGGUUAAGGAGAUGGGAGAGUUGGCCAGAAAGGCUGUGAUGGAGGGUGGAUCAUCGUUCAAUUCCACUGGGAGAUUUAUUGAGGAUAUGAUAGGGAAGGAGUAGUAAUUUUGUUUCUUUGCUUUGUUGUUCUAUUGGAAGUGCAUUUUCUGUUCUUUGGAUAUGCAUAAAAUUGUCACCGGUCUGAUCAAAUAAAAGUUUAUCUCUCUUCAAUGGUCUCUUUGAUGGUUUAAUUUUACUUAUAUUUUCUUAAAUGUAUCGUUAAUUGCAAAAGCAAUUGAGCUUUUCAAAUACAUGAAUAUGGUAUAUUAGACCAUAAAAUGUUAUAAAAAAAAAAAAAACUUAUAUACAAUUAUUGUCCAUAUAAUAUGAUGUAAGGAACUAUUCAUAAAUGGAUAUUUAAUAAAUAUUUUGUAAGAUUUAUAUAUUUUA